UAGGAACAUUUAACACGUGGAUGGCUGAAAACGCUUACAAAAGCUUUAAUGUCAAUCUAAAUGUAAAUUCCAGCCCAUCCUACUGCGCUCAAACGCGACGUCAGUUUGCUAUAAUAAGCGCAGACUUGAACAGUCAGUGAAUGUCUGAGGUCUGAACCCUGAACACUCACUGAGCUCCGGAAGUUUCUCUGUGAGUUAUGCACCUGCAUCAGCUUCCCUCACCUUCCGCACUGACCAAUCAACUGGAGAGUGUGGACAAUGAUUUCACGUGCAACACCUCCACGUGGGAGGACCGCGUCUCCUCCUCCCGUGACUCCCUCCAGGAGAACGAGCCACCGCUGAAACGAUUCUCCACCGGGAUCUUAAACCCAUCCGACGAUUCUUCGGACUGCAGGGAUGAAGAUACGACACGGAAUGACGGCGAAAGUGCCGACAAGAGUCGUUCAUCUGAAUCCACUCAAGAUUUCGCCUCUUCUUCUGUCAUGUUCUCGUAUUCGGGUCAGCAGGUUUUGCCCGCGCUCCCUGCGCUCUCCGGUCACUACGUAACUCCUCACUCGGUCAUUAACGGGCAUUAUAGCGGGCUGAGUUACGCGUACCCACAGCCGUAUGGACAAACUUACCCCGACACCGGGGUCUAUCCGUUUCCCGCUGUGCCCGGUAAAGCGCAGGUUUAUCUGUGUAACCGAGCUCUGUGGGUCAAAUUUCACAGACACCUGACUGAAAUGAUUAUUACUAAACAGGGCCGGCGGAUGUUCCCGUUUCUAAGUUUAAGUGUUUCUGGUCUUGACCCAGCGUGUCAAUAUAAUGUGAUUGUGGAUGUCAUUCUGGCGGAUCCGAACCACUGGAGGUUCCAGGGCGGAAAGUGGGUUCCGUGCGGAAAAGCGGACACCAAUGUUAAUGGAAACCGAGUGUACAUCCACCCGGACUCUCCAAACACAGGUGCGCACUGGAUGCGUCAGGAGAUCUCUUUCGGCAAACUGAAGCUGACAAACAACAAGGGAGCUUCCAGCAACUCUACGCAGAUGAUCGUCCUCCAGUCUCUUCACAAAUAUCAGCCGAGAAUACACGUGAUCGAAAUAAACGAGAACGGAGAUGAAGAUGCAAGUCCGGAUCGAGUGCAAACCUUUAUCUUUCCUGAGACGCAAUUCAUGUCUGUCACAGCUUACCAGAACACUGAUAUAACUCAACUAAAGAUAGAUCACAAUCCAUUUGCUAAAGGAUUUCGGGACAAUUAUGAUACAAGUUACAUAAGCUGCGACACUGACCGGUUGACUCCUACACCGGGUGACACUCCUCGCUCUCACGCUCUGCCCGGAUCCCGGUAUACAAUGACAAAUUCUUUAUUCCAAGACCAGUUUUUCAACAGUUACACUAAGUCCUGUUUUACAACCCUAACCCCUCACACUGGUACCACUGAUCAAGCGAUCACAUUCACUAACAGCCUCAUAACCUCGACACAAACCCAAGACAGCACCAUGGCCUCUGGACAGCGCUGGUUUGUUCCCUCCUCAUCUGGUGAAAGUGAUGUUAACGCAGAAACUUUGCUUUCUUACACUACAGUAGGGGUCAAAGGUCUCCAUAAUUCUACUGGUGCUUUGGAUUGCUACACGAGUCCAUCCGGUUGGGAUUUACUGGGUUCACCAGAAAUCAGCAAUAAAACUUCAGGUUUGCCUGGUUGGGACCUAGAUGCAAGCCUUGAAAGAACAACGCAACCAAAUUACUUGCAAGAGGAGCGAGAUAUUUUGGAAAUGGACAGAUCCACACUUGAAGGCAAUGAGGCUGCUGAUCUGACCUGGACUGAGACUCAGUCGUCUAUUAAAUCAGUUGAUUCUAGUGACUUAAAGAUUUUAGAAGAGGUUAAACAGACUCCCUCUAUCACUUCUGUUUCACAGGAUCACACUGCAUUGAAAACAGACACACAGGUCUCACAAGGUAAUGAGAGAACUGGAGUCACAGAAUCUGACUUAUUUCAUUUGAAUAGUCAGACAUCAUCCUGCAUGGACUAAGUGUGCAAAUAAAUUGUGAAUGCAGAAA